GGUGUUUUGACAUUUUUAUAUUCAUUUUUGAAAGAAGCUUGACAACAGACAAAAUUACACAGGGAAACGACUUUUUUUUGACAAAAAGAUGAAGUUUCAAAAUGACAUUUCCUACCAAAAUUUAAUGCUCGCCAUUGUACCACACGUUCCCAUGCUAGAACACAAAUAAAUAAACUUGAUUAUAAAAUCAUUAAAUCGCUUUUUUGCACUUCGAGUCCUUUAGAUCUACCAAUUUUUUGUUAGAGGGUGUCUCUUCUUGAACACACAUUUAAAAAUUGAGGUUGGCAGCCCUAUAAAAUGUAGCGCCAAAUUAAAAAAUUCGCUGUCAGAAAGCGGCUGUCGAUAUCAGGCGCUUACGCUCCCAAACAUUUACUCUUAAAAUCGUGUUUUAACACUUUAUUUUAUAUUUAUUGGUUUUUAUUGUGAAAAAUGGUUGAUUCUACGGAGCAUGACGAUUUACUCUUUUCCAUGUUGAAAGAGUGCAAGACUUUACCCACAUUUUUAAACCACAUAUUUGGGUUUUUAAACAGAAGAACUGAUUUUUAUCAUAUUGCAAGUGAUCCAAACUGUCCCGUGGGCCUUCCCCCUGGUUUAGCAGAGCAAACAGUGAAGCAAAUAUUUUACAAGUGGAAACCAAACGACAAAAUCGCCAAUAGCGAGAAUCUGGUUCAAAAACCACCAACUCCCCCUGACACGCCUUCAGUGUCUAAACCAAAAGUACAACAGCCCCCUGAUACCAAAUUCACGACAUCAGACGCGUACAAUGGGGCCACAUAUGAAAACUACAGCUGGUCACAAACUCUACUAGAAAUAGAUAUAAUCGUUAAGGUUCCAGAAAGUACAACAGCAAAAGACGUCUCAGUAAAAAUCACAACAGACCAGAUUUCAGUGAAGUUAAAAGACGGUACAGUCAUGCUUGAGGGCGAAUUGUGUCACAAAUGUAAACACAACGACGCGAUUUGGUCUUUAGAGAAGCACAAGCUUUAUAUUCACUUGGAUAAAAGCAGGGAAGUUUGGUGGAACUGUUUGGUUAAAAGCGAGCCAAAGCUUGAUAUAAGCACGUUGGACUGCUCGAGGCCCUAUGAGGAGUUAUCAGAGGAAGCCCAAGCCAAAAUUGAGGAAUUACAGUGGAACCAGGAACGGAAAAGAUUAGGUUUGCCCACUUCUGAUGAGUUGCAAAUGCAAGAUAUUCUGAAAAGGUCCUGGAAUUGCGAGGGGUCACCCUUUAGUGGUCCCUACGACCCAAACGCUGUCAAAUUUAAUUAAUUUAUUGAAUUUUUAUUUUUAUUUAGACAAAUUUUAUACUUCACAAAAUAUAAUGUUACUUUUUUUCUGAUAUAAAAAAAGGAUUGGCUAAUAAAACAAAGUAAUUUGAAACGAAGCGUUUAUUUAAAUAUCUAGAAAUGCACUUGAAAAUAUCUAGAAAGAUUCGAAUUAUUCUCCUGAUUUGUUCUUGAUUGACCUAACGACCUCACUAGCAUGCUCCACAAUAAAUAAGUAAAAAAUUACAAUAUUGCUUAAUUUACAUUAGGUACUAUAAUAAGAAACAGCAUUGCAAUCACAGAAA